AUGGACCACGUCCCUCGCUUGUCAGAGGCUGUGUAUGUGGGACUGUGUUAUAAAUUAGGGAGUCCUACAGAAGUGAGGAUCAGAAGAGAAUUGAUGGACACUGAUGAGGUGGUAGGACAACCUGUGGACAUCAUGAGGGGAUUAGAUAGAAUGAGAAGUGGGAGUAGACGUGAGGGAUGCAGAUUGAGGACUUCAGAUGAUGAUUGGAUGUUCUGGCCUCCGGACCACAAGGUGAUAUGUGAUCUCUCUCAGAUCAGUCUAUACCGUAUUUCACAGCACGCUGUGAUUCUAAUGAAGUGUAAUGAUCUACCACCGGGAUUUACCAGACUAAACAUGAUUAGUCAAUCAAAUAAUUCAGAGGUCAUUUCCUCUUGCGUAGUAAUAAACAACAAAACAUACAUUUCAAGUACAUUAUUCAGAGAUAACUAUUUGCGUUUCGUUAGGUCCUGCAAUGUUCCUUUGACCAAUGCUUUCCCUCAUGGACCUUGUUCUACAUAUUCCAUGUUCCAAGAAGCAGAUACUGAUUUUGCGUUCUGUAUCCAAUCACAUCACUGGCCAAAGUUAGCACUACCGUGGAUAGAGAGAUGUUGUGAACGGGGCUGGCCAGAUCAGAAUAUUGUAGAUGGUAUAUUGAGUGGAGGAUUUCAUGUUGUCCCUAUUGGAAGCACAUCUGAGAAUGAACUCGAAUGGAGAAUCUCUUUCUCACAAGCAAAACAAAAAGUCUUUUAUUCAAUGAAUCAUUGUCAGUUUUUGUGCUAUGGUCUUUUCAAAAUUUUUCUGAAAGAAGUUAUUAAUGGCCAGACCAAUACAGCCAUUCUCUGCUCAUACUUCAUAAAAACUAUUAUAUUUUGGGUCAUACAGAAAAAUGCAUCCUCGUAUUGGACACCAGAUAACCUAUUGUCUUGUUUCUGGAAAAGCUUUAAAUUAUUGAUAUUCAUGGUGCUUACUGGAAAUUGUCCAAACUUUUUUAUUCCACACAACAACAUGUUUAGAGUGAAAGUCACUGGUUCUGUACAAUAUUUGUUGCUAAAUCAGUUGUAUUAUUUGUACAAUAUGGGGAUAUCAUGUCUACUAUUAAGUGAAACAAUCCGACCAUUCUUCAGCCUUGCUUUAUUUAACAGGACAUUGAGAGUCGGUACUGAAGAGAGCAGUAUUAUAUCAAGAACUGAUUUAGAUAUGUCUUUAUUUGGUGAAUUAUUGAUAUUUCAUCACACUCUUCAGAGUGCUGAGGAAUUAGCAAUUUACAUCAAACAAAUAGAGAGAAUGAUUAGGGGAGUAUUGACAUCGUAUCAGACACUCAUGUUACAAUAUAUGACUUCGUGUGUGUUAAGAAAUACUGCAAUGUUUUUACAGAGUUGUGUGUAUUUAAAUGAAAAUGGGAAUAAGUUUUGUUAUAAAGCAAAAGUAACUGCUUUACUAAAGCAGUCCUGUAAGUUUGGAUAUUUAUCUGACACUCUGUAUCUUUCUAUGUACUUCUACAGAACACGUAGAUAUGAAGACUCACUCAGUUGUUUACAUAAAGCACAGGACAGAUUCUCAUUGCCGUAUAUAAUGUAUAUGGAUCAUGUUAAUGUAGAUAUGUACAAACACUACAUGGAAAGGAAUACCCUAGGUACUAAGAUGAGGAGAGCUGUUGUUAGAAAUAUUGAUAUUUAUUGUGACUACAGUUACAUUGACGAACUUUUAUUUAGAGCAGGAGAUUAG